UCUGCUUUCUUGGCAAUCCCUCCGACUCCGUCUAGUCGUCUUCCUUAUCCCCUGUCAUACUAACUCGGCGUUCUCGAGCUGGUUCUGAUCACCCUUCGACCGCUUAUGCUCCCCGUCGAUCCCGAGCACUCAUCCUAGUCUUCGUUUCAAGUCGCUUGAAACCAUGGCUUCCGAGCUCCAACGAUACAUCAGCGACAAUUCAUUGCGGUUCUUUGGUGUGUCUGACAGAAGCAUCAUCGACUAUGUCGUAGCGUCAGCUUCAUCUUCAAAAUCUCCUGAAGCUCUCUUCACCGCGCUCAAUGCUUCUGGUUUACCAGACACACCCGACGCCCACCACUUCGCACAGGAAGUCUUCUCGCGCGCGCCACGCAAAUCUAAGGCAAAGAAGUCUUCUGAUCUCGCUCGCAAGCAGGCGGAGGAACAAUCGAAGCUGCUGCAUUCGCAAAAGUUUGGUUUUUUGCUCGAUGAUGAGGCUGAACAGGCGCGAAGGACAAACGCGAGAGGCAUGGGCGAAAACGAGAGAGCGAUGCAAGAGAAUGGGAGAGCGACGAGGAAGAGCAGUCGAGGAAGCGGGCGAGGACGGAUGAUGGAGACUACCAUGACGAGCGAGCAGCUGAGGAAGACUUGGACAUGGAGACGCCGGAGGAUGAGGAGGCACGGAAGCAGAAACAAAGGCUAGAGGAUCUGAAGGAGCGAGAUGAAUUCGCUGAGCGGGUCAAGCAACGGGACCGAGAGAAGACGAAACGCGUUGUGGAGGACAGGUCCUCGAAAGCGGUCGGCGCAGCCGCAGAGGCUGCUGAGCGGCGACGGCUCGCUGACGAUUCCAACGCACGGGAGCGCGCCAUGCCUAAUCUACGAGAACAUUCACGGCAAGAAUACCUGUCCAAACGUGAAAUACAACGGAUAGAGCUGUUGCGCCGCGAAAUUGCAGACGACGAAACCCUCUUUGCCGGCAUGAAGGUCUCGAAGCGGGAGCGCCAAGAGCUCGAACGA